GAGAGGGAGAGAGGGAGGGAACAGAAGAGUUGAGAGUCCGCUUCGUGUGUCUGUGUUCCCGGUAAACUCCCGGUGAGACUCUGCGGAGGAUCGGUAACGUUAGCGCCGCUGUGGGACUCUGCGGGAACUUUCUGACCUUUUCUGCAAACCCGUUUUUGGAUCUUCUGCGCACUUGUUGAGAGGAGUUCCCCCUCGGCUGUCAUGCAUAACCCGGCAGUGACUGUGUGAAGGCGGACACCGACACGGUGACUACACGGCAGCUCCUUCAAGCAGCUCGUUCUCCUCCAGCAGCAGCUGUAGGCUACGAGAGAGAGAACUCACUCACGGGUUAGUCGGUUUGGGAACUAAGUUGAGUUGUUGUCUGUCUGUGCAGAGAGACAGACAGAUAGAGAGGCUCUCUCCGCUCCACCUCUCUACCUGGGCUGUCUGUUCUUCUCUCCCCGCCGUUGGAGGCUCCUAACCCGGCUGCAGGAUGUCGGACUCUGCGUCCAGUUUCCUCCACAUCGGGGAUAUCGUGUCUCUGUACGCGGAGGGCUCCGUCAACGGCUUCAUCAGCACCCUGGGGUUGGUGGAUGACCGCUGUGUGGUGGAACCGGCUGCUGGGGAUCUGGAGAAUCCUCCCAAAAAGUUCAGAGACUGCCUGUUCAAGGUGUGUCCCAUGAGUCGGUACUCGGCUCAGAAACAGUUCUGGAAAGCCAAACAAGCCAAACAUGAGAAAGACAAGAUCGCUGAUGUGGUGCUGCUGCAGAAACUACAGCAUGCGUCCAACCUGGAGCAGAAGCAGAACGAGACAGAAAACAAGAAGGUCCACGGAGACGUCGUCAAAUACGGGACCGUCCUGCAGCUGCUCCAUAUGAAGAGUAAUAAAUACCUGACGGUGAACAAGCGUCUGCCGGCGCUGCUGGAGAAGAACGCCAUGCGGGUCACGCUGGACGUCACGGGCAACGAAGGCUCCUGGCUCUUCAUCCAGCCCUUCUGGAAGCUACGCGCCAACGGAGACAACGUCGUCGUGGGAGACAAAGUGAUCCUGAACCCGGUGAACGCCGGGCAGCCGCUUCACGCCUCCAACUACGAACUGACCGACCAUCCGGGCUGCAAGGAGGUGAACUCUGUGAACUGCAACACCAGCUGGAAGAUCAACCUGUUCAUGAUGUACAGCGACCACCGAGAGGAGGUGCUCAAAGGAGGUGAGGUCGUGCGUUUGUUCCACGCCGAGCAGGAGAAGUUCCUGACGUGCGACGAGUAUAAGAGCAAACUGCACGUUUUCCUCCGGACCACGCUGAGGCAGUCGGCCACGUCUGCUACCAGCUCCAACGCUCUGUGGGAGGUCGAGGUUGUUCAUCAUGACCCGUGUCGUGGGGGGGCGGGACACUGGAACAGCCUCUACCGCUUCAAACACCUCGCCACCGGCAACUACCUGGCUGCUGAGGAGAACCCGGGCUAUAAAGGAGACGCAGCCGAGCCGGCCGCCUCGAUUGACGGUAGCCGUAGCAACAAGCGCUCCCACGGCGAGAGGAUCAAGUACAAGUUGGUGGCGGUGGCUCACGGGAACGACAUCUCCUCGCUGUUCGAGCUGGACCCGACCACGCUGCAGAAGACCGACUCCUUCGUCCCCCGGAACUCGUACGUCCGCCUGAGACACCUGUGUACCAACACCUGGAUCCAGAGCACCAACGUCCCCAUCGAUAUAGACGAGGAGAGACCCAUCAGACUCAUGCUGGGGACGUGUCCCACUAAAGAGGACAAGGAGGCGUUCGCCAUCGUCUCCGUCCCCGUCAUGGAGAUCAGAGAUCUGGACUUCGCCAACGACGCCAGCGCCAUGCUGAGCACCGUGGUGGAGCAGUUCAGCCAGGGCUUCAUCAGCCAGAACGACCGCAGGUUUGCCAUCAAGCUGCUGGAGGACGUGGUCUUCUUCGUGGCCGACGUCAUCAACAGUGGCCAGGCGGUCCUGGACGUUACCAUGACGAAGGCCAACCGAGAGAGACAGAAACUGAUGAGAGAGCAGAACAUCCUCAAACAGAUCUUUGGCAUCCUGAAGGCUCCCUUUAAGGACCGGGGGGGUGGUGAGGGUCCUCUGCUGCGUCUGGAGGAGCUGGCGGACCAGAAGAACUCUCCGUACCAGUACAUGUUCAGACUCUGCUACAGAGUCCUCCGGCACUCACAGGAGGACUACCGCAAGAACCAGGAGCACAUAGCGAAGCAGUUUGGCGUGAUGCAGAGCCAGAUCGGCUACGACAUCCUGGCCGAGGACACCAUCACCGCCCUGCUGCACAACAACCGAAAACUGCUGGAGAAACACAUCACCAAGAAGGAGGUGGAGACCUUCGUCAGCCUGGUCCGCAAGAACCGAGAGCCCAGGUUUCUGGACUACCUGUCGGACCUGUGUGUGUCCAACAACGUGGCCAUUCCCGUCACUCAGGAGCUCAUAUGUAAAUGUGUGCUGGACCCCAAAAACCAGGACAUCCUCAUCAAGACAGAACGUCGUGUCCCCAAAGAUGCCCCCCCCGGUGGCGUUCAGGGAGACUACAUCGGGAUGGACGACUACGGAGACGAUGACGAGGUGUGGCUGGUGUGGACAGAUAAGACCAACGAGAAACAGGAGAAAGGUAUCAGACAGCUGGCUCAGGAGGCCAGGCAGGGAAACGCUCACGAUGAGAACGUCCUCACAUACUACAGGUACCAGCUGAAGCUGUUUGCCCGGAUGUGUCUGGACCGCCAGUAUCUGGCCAUCGAUGAGAUCUCCAAGCAGCUGGACGUGGAGCUGAUCUUUCUGUGCAUGAUGGACGAGACGCUGCCCUUCGACCUGCGCGCCUCCUUCUGCCGCCUCAUGCUGCACGCGCACGUGGACCGCGACCCGCAGGAGCUGGUCACGCCCGUCAAGUACGCCCGGCUCUGGACCGAGAUCCCCACCGCCAUCUCCAUCAAAGAUUAUGACUCCAACAUGGACGACAGCCGAGACAACAAGAAGAACCGAUUCUCCAACACGAUGGCCUUCAUGGAGGAAUAUCUCAACAACGUGCUCAACGACGAGCUGCCGUUUCACAACGCAGAGAAAAACAAACUCACAUUCGAGGUGGUGAGUUUGGCGCGUCACCUGAUCUACUUUGGCUUCUACAGUUUCUUCGAGCUGCUCCGACUCACCAGAACUCUGCUGGGCAUCAUCGACUGUCGGCCCAACCCUGGAUACGCCGGGGUCUUGUUCCACGAGGACGGAUCAGGGAAGAACGUGAAGCGCUCCAUCCACGGGAUGGGACAGAUCAUGUCGACCAUGGUGCUCAACAGGAAACAGUCCAUCUUCGGAGGGGGCGGGGCCAGUGGGGGUGAGGCGGGGCUCGCUCUGGACGGGCCGAGAGGAAGUAAAGAUAGCAUCGACAAGGUGGACCUGACGGUGAUGGACACCAAGCUGAAGAUACUGGAGAUACUGCAGUUCAUCCUCAACGUGCGUCUGGACUACCGCAUCUCCUUCCUGCUCUCCGUCUUCAAGAAGGAGUUUGUGGACGUUUAUCCCAUGGGGGACGCAGACGCCACCACCAACAUGGAGCACGCAGCCGCCAUUAACCUGCAGCACAUCGGAGAGCAGGCCGAGGCCAUGUUCGGAGUCGGGAAGGGGAACAGUAUCCUGGAGAUGGAUGAUGAGGGAGGCAGGAUGUUCCUGAGGGUUCUGAUCCACCUCACCAUGCACGACUAUCCUCCGCUGGUCUCUGGAGCUCUGCAGCUGCUCUUCAGACACUUCAGCCAGAGACAAGAAGUACUGCACACCUUCAAACAGGUCCAGCUGCUGAUCUCGUCUCAGGACGUGGAGAACUACAAACUGAUCAAAGCCGACCUGGAUCGUCUCCGCACGCUGGUGGAGAAGUCUGAGCUGUGGGUGGAGAAGAAGAGCUCGGGGGGGGGAGACGGCAAGGAGAAAGGAGAGGGGGCAUCGGAGGACGCAACGCCCAAGAAGGACAAGGAGAAAGGCAACGAGAACUACCGGAAAGUCAAAGAGAUCCUGGAGAGGUUGAAUAAAAUGUGCAGCAGUGGAGUUUGGAAGAAGCAGCAGAGGUUGCUGAAGAACAUGGGUGCUCAUAAAGUCAUGCUGGACCUGCUGCAGGUGUCCUACGACCAGCAUGAUGUGAAGAUGCAGGAGAUCAUCCGGUACACUCACCUGUUCCUCCAGAAGUUCUGUACGGGGAACCAGGAGAACCAGACUCUGCUGCACAAGAACCUGACCCUGUUCCUCAACCCUGGGCUGCUGGAGGCCGAGACGGUGCAGCACAUCUUCUGUAACAACUACCAGCUGUGCAGCGAGAUCUCAGAGAGCGUGCUGCAGCACUUCAUCCACUGCCUGGCCACGCACGGGCGCCACGUCCAGUACCUCAACUUCCUGCACACCAUCAUCAAGGCCGAGGGCAAGUACGUCAAGAAGUGCCAGGACAUGAUCAUGACCGAGUUAACCAACGCUGGCGAGGACGUGGUCGUCUUUUACAACGACAAGACUUCCUUCAACGUGAUGCUGGAGCUGAUGGCGGAGAGCAGGGAGGGGGUCGGAGAGAGCAGCCCGCUCAGGUACCACAUCUCUCUGGUGGAGCUGCUGGCGGCCUGCGCUGAGGGGAAGAACGUUUACACCGAGAUCAAAUGUACCUCGCUGCUCCCGCUGGAGGACGUGGUCAGAGUGGUCACACACGAGGACUGCAUCACAGAGGUGAAGGUGGCCUAUGUGAACUUUGUGAACCACUGCUACGUGGACACCGAGGUGGAGAUGAAGGAGAUCUACACGUCCAAUCACAUCUGGAACCUGUUUGAGGACUUCACCGUGGACAUGGCCCGGGUGUGUAACAAGCGAGAGAAGCGUCUCUCCGAUCCCAUCCUGGAGAAAUACAUCAUCAACGUGGUGUUCGACACCAUCCACGCCUUCUUCAGCUCGCCGUUCUCUGAGAACAGCACGUCUCUGCAGACUCAUCACACCAUCAUGACCCAGCUGCUGCAGUCCUCUGUGCGUCUGCUGGACUGUCCCUGGCUGCAGCAGCAGCACCGGGGACAGGUGGAGACCUGCAUCAGGACCCUGGCCAUGACAGCUAAGAGCCGGUCCAUUGCUCUCCCUCUGGAGCUGGAGGCCCAGAUCAGCUCCGUGUUGGCCUCGUCCUCUCUCAACUCUCUGUCCCGGUCCAACCCGAACUACAAGUCCCUGUCCCGGUCCUCCAGGACCAUCGUCCCUAGCAACCCCUGGGACUACAAGAACAUCAUAGAGAAACUGCAGGACAUCAUCACCACCCUGGAGCAGCGUCUGAAGCCCCUGGUGAAUGCUGAGCUGUCUGUCCUGGUGGACGUCCUCCAUCAGCCUGAGCUGCUGUUCCUGGAGGGCUCGGACACGCGCCAGCGCUGUGAGUCUGGAGGCUUCAUCUCCAAGCUGAUCCAGCACACCAAAGCCCUGAUGUGUUCUGAGGAGAAGCUGUGUAUCAAAGUGCUGAAGACUCUGCAGGAGAUGCUGAUCAGGACUCUGGACUUUGAUGAAAAGGGCAUCUCUCUGAGGAAGGUUCUGCUCCAGAACUACCUGCUACCCAAGAAGAACACCAGCGACCUGGCCGAGCUCGGAGCUGCAGGCGCGGAGCAGGAGCGUGAUUGGGCGGCGGUGGCGGCGGUCCAGUGCCGUCUGGACCGGGAGGGAGGAACCAAACUGUUCACCGACCUGGUGAUGAGCAGCAAGAACGACAAGAUCUUCCAGGAGAGCAUCCAGCUGGCCAUCUGCCUGCUGGAGGGGGGCAACACCGAGAUACAGAACUCCUUCUAUAAACUGAUGAUGGGCGACAACAAGUCGGAGAAGUUCUUCAAGGUUCUUCACGACCGGAUGAAAGAGGCCCAGACGGACAUCAAAGCCACGGUGUCGGUCAACGUCGGCGAGAUGACCCACCGAGCCAGCGAGAAGGAGCUGGACCACGGCGGCUCUCCAGCGUUGGUACUUCCUGGUAGCGGGGGUCUCCCGGUGCUGGUGCCGGGCCCGUCCAUCGCCCCGGUGGCGGUCCAGUCGGCGCCGGCGGAGCAGCGGGAGGUGGAGGCUGAGAUGGGCCCAGCGGUGAUCAUCAUGAAGCCCAUCCUACGCUUCCUCCAGCUGCUCUGUGAGAACCACAACCAGGACCUGCAGAACUUCUUGCGCUGCCAGAACAACAAGACCAACUACAACUUGGUGUGUGAGACUCUCCAGUUCCUGGACAUCAUGUGUGGAAGCACCACGGGGGGCCUGGGCCUGCUGGGCCUCUACAUCAACGAAUCAAACGUCCACCUGAUCACACAGACCCUGGAGACGCUCACCGAGUACUGCCAGGGCCCCUGCCAGGAGAACCAGACGUGCAUCGUGACCCACGAGUCCAACGGCAUUGACAUCAUCACAGCUCUGAUCCUGAAUGAUAUCAGUCCUCUGUGCCGCUACCAGAUGGAGAUGGUGCUCCAGCUGAAGGACAACGCCUCCAAGCUGCUAUUGGCUCUGAUGGAGAGUCGCCAUGACAGCGAGAACGCCGAGAGGAUACUGUUCAACCUGCGACCCCGAGAGCUGGUGGAAGUGAUAAAGAAGGCCUACCAGCAGGAGAGUGAGUGUGAGGGCGUGGAGGUUUCUCCCCGGGAGGUGGGACACAACAUCUACAUCCUGGCUCAGCAGCUGGCCCGACACAACAAAGUCCUGCAGAACCUCCUGAAGCCUCAGAAGAACAGCAAAGAGGGGGAGGAGGGCAUCUCGUCCAUGUUGAACCUGAACAACCGCCCCCUGUCCCAGAUGUUGAAGUCCACAGCUCCAGCUGUUGUGGUGGAACAGGACCCUCUGGAGUACUACGAGCAGCUCACAUCACAGAUAGAGGUUCUACUCAUAUUACACUACAUAACUAAACAAUACAAGUACACAUCAAAUACAUCUUUUCCCAAUGAUGGUAUAAACCAGGGGUUUUCAACAGUACUGACCCUGAUUAAAAAGAGAUCCAGAUCCAGGCUACAGGUUAUUGCUCUCUGCAGCCCCCCAUCCAACACCUCUGAGCAUCAAAGCGCGACCUCAGCGUUCCCACUGACAGACGCGGCGUCAGCUGAUUUUGCCGGGGCUUCAGCCCCGAAGGUUUUGAGUGUAACCCCGAAUCGCAUGGAGCAGAUCGUGUUCCCGGUCCAUCCCAUCUGUGAGUUCCUGACGGAGGAGUCUAAGAUCCGAGUGUUCAACACCACGGAGCAGGACGAGCAGGGGUCAAAGGUCACGCACUUCUUCGAACAGACCUCCUUCCUGCACGGAGAGAUGGAGUGGCAGAAGAAGCUGAGGAGUAUGCCCGUGUUGUACUGGUUCUCCAGGAGAAUGUCUCUGUGGGGAACCAUCUCCUUCAACCUCGCCGUCUUCAUCAACCUCAUCAUCGCCUUCUUCUACCCGUACGCCUCGGGACAAGUGGGAGCGAUAGAUGACAACCUGUUGCUGAUGUUGUUCUGGAUCCUGACUGGUCUCUCGGUCCUCGGCCUGUUCUCUCAGCGCUACGGCCUGCAGCCUCUCACCAUCGCUCUCAUCCUGCGCUCCAUCUACCACCUGGGCAUCGGCAACACGCUCAUCCUGCUCGGAUCGCUCAACCUGAUCAAUAAGGUGGUGUUCGUGGUGAGCUUUGUGGGCAACAACGGGACGUUCAUUAUGGGAUACAAAGCCAUGGUGAUGGACGUGGAGUUCCUGUACCACCUGGCCUACGUCCUCACCUCCACGCUGGGACUGUUCGUGCACGAGCUCUUCUACAGCAUCCUGCUCUUUGACCUGAUCUACCGCGAGGAGACUCUGUUUAACGUGAUAAAGAGCGUGACUCGUAACGGGCGCUCCAUCCUGCUGACGGCGCUGCUGGCUCUCAUCCUGGUCUACCUGUUCUCCAUCGUGGGCUUCCUGUGCCUGAAGGAGGACUUCAUCAUGGAGGUCGACCCGCUGGCGCAGAUCGCCGCAGCCCCUCAGCAGACUGAAGCCUCGCAGGAUUUCCUCAAGUCGUGUUCUGCAGACGGAGUCAGCUGCACCGCCGAGACGGACGCCAUCGGCGCCGCCGAGGAUGAAGACGAGGAGGCGACUUCGGAGCGAGCGUGCGACACGCUGCUGAUGUGCAUCGUCACCGUGCUGAACCACGGCCUGAGGAAAGGGGGAGUCGGAGACGUUCUGCGCAAACCAUCCAAGAACGAGCCCUUGUUUGCGGCCCGCGUGGUGUACGACCUCCUGUUCUACUUCAUCGUCAUCAUCAUCGUUCUGAACUUGAUCUUCGGCGUCAUCAUCGACACGUUCGCUGACCUGAGGAGCGAGAAGCAGAAGAAGGAGGAGAUCCUGAAGACCACAUGCUUCAUCUGCGGUCUGGAGCGAGACAAGUUCGACAACAAGACGGUGUCCUUCGAGGAGCACAUCAAGCUGGAGCACAACAUCUGGAACUACCUGUCCUUCAUCGUCCUGGUGCGCGAGAAGAACAAGACGGACUACACGGGGCCGGAGAGCUACGUGGCGCACAUGAUCAAAAACAACAACCUGGACUGGUUCCCCCGGAUGCAGGCCAUGUCCCUGGUGGUGACGGACAGCGACGGAGAGCAGAACGAGAUGAGGAUGUUACAGGACAAGCUGGCCGCCACCAUGAAGGUCGUUCUGACCCUGACCACACAGCUGACCGAGCUCAAAGAGCAGAUGACCGAGCAGAGGAAGAGGAGACAGAGGAUGGGAUUUGUUGACGUCCAAUCAGGAGCCAGCCAAUCGCUGCCUCCGAGCGCCGCGGGAGGAAACCACCAGAUGUACAAAACAUAAAGACGCACUGCUGAAGACCAAACACACACACACACACACACACACACACACACACACACACACACACACACACACACACA